AUUAUGAAUGAUAAUCCAGACAUAAUUUCAAAUCGAGCUAUAAAACAAAUUUUAAAGCAGCCAUAUUUUUUUUCAGAUCUUAAAAUUUUAGUUAAGAUCUUAUCUCCUAUUCGAACAGCAAUAACAAAUUUGGAGGCACGAUCAACAACGCUAGCAGACUGCUUUUUACAAUUUAUUCAACUUGCAGCUGCUAUUAAGAAAGUUCCGAAUUUACGGGCCAAAGGGUUUAAAAGUUACUGUGUACAAAUUUUUAAUAAAAGGUGGGGAGAUUUUAAUGCUGAUAAUUAUUUGCUAGCAUAUUUCCUUCACCCAGGUUAUCGUGGUGCUGGGUUACGUGAACAACAAUUUCAAUCAAUUGUAAUAACCGCAAUUAAGAUAUGGCAACAGGAAGGGCACGAUCAAUAUGAAUGUGCUAAUCUUGUAGCUU